AUGGCACGGAAAGUGCAGAUUGAAGCAGCAAACUCCAAAUCAGCAGCUCUGCCCCGAAUGAGAAGGCAGAGGAAAUAUUCCCCCUUGCGACGCUGGGUGGGGGUGUUGGCCACGGACCGGGAAGUUCCUCUGCCCGCACCGGGUUUGCAGGCGCAGGGAGAGAAAAAAAAGCCGUGUGAGCCGCUCCGCAAGGGCGGUGGGGCACGGAGUCGGGGUGCUCGGGGGCUUUCAGACCCCCUUACCUGGGGAUUACUGACAAAAACCGCUCUGCUUCGGACGCUACUGAAAAUGCUUGGAACAAAGGAGGACGCUGGAUGGCUUUUCUGGAGAAUAAUGGCGUGUGGGAGAUGGAGCGGAGGCAGCAAGAGGCAAGUGAUCUUGGUUAUUCUGUGCGUCUGCGUGUGUCAGAGCGGGGCCGAAACCCUCCGCUAUUCUCUGGCGGAGGAAAUGGAGAGGGACUCCUUUGUCGCCAAUAUUGCAAAGGACCUGGGGAUCUCUCCGAGCCAGCUCGCAGUUCGCAAGGCCCGCGUUGUGUCCGAGGGGAACGAGCAGCUUUUCCACCUCGAUCAAAACACCGGAGUCCUGACGGUAAAGGAGUCGCUGGACCGAGAGGAGAUCUGUCCGCAGAGCGAUACCUGCACACUGACCUUUAAAAUAUUCUUUGAAAAUCCAUUGCAGCUGAUCCGAGGGGAGGUGGAUGUUCGUGACGUGAACGACAACUCCCCCGUGUUCCCAGAGAAGGAGAUGGUUUUAGAGAUUCUGGAAAGUGCAUCUCCUGGGUCACGUUUCCCACUGGAAAGCGCCCAGGACAAGGACGCAGGCAGCAACGGCUUGCAGAACUACAGCCUCUGGUCCGAUUCACAUUUCUCCCUCGCUCUCGGAACAAGGAAAGGUGGAGCAAAAUAUGCGGAGCUCGUGCUAGAGCGUCAGCUGGACCGUGAAGAGCAGCGAGAGCUGAAUUUACUCCUCACCGCCACCGACGGGGGCUCGCCACCCAGGUCGGGCACGGCUCAGGUCCGGAUCGUGGUGCUGGAUGCCAAUGACAACAUCCCGGUCUUCGGUCGGGAGGUCUACGAGGCACGCCUGGCCGAGAACACCACCGACGGCGGGGGGCUGUCUGCUCAUUGCAAAGUUCAGGUGGAGGUCCUGGACGUGAAUGACAACGCCCCAGAGAUAGCGCUCACCUCCCUCACCGCCUCCAUUCCCGAGGACGCCCCGCCCCGGACCGUGGUGGCCCUGUUCAGCGUGCGGGACCGGGACUCCGGGGACAACGGCAGGACGGAGUGUUCGAUCGACGGGGAUUCGCCCUUCAGUCUCACGCCCACUUUUGAUAAUUACUACGAACUGAGAACAAACGCGGCGCUGGACAGGGAGAGGACGGCGGAGUAUAACAUCACCAUCACAGCCACGGACUGGGGUACGACGCGGCUAAGCUCUCGGGAGAGCAUCUUCGUGCAGGUAUCGGAUGUGAACGACAACCCCCCAGAGUUCACCCAGCAGAUUUACACCAUUUCGGUCACGGAGAACAACAGCCCCAUGGUCCGGAUCGGCAGCCUGAACGCCACGGACGCCGACACGGGAAAAAAUGCCCACGUGAGAUACGCGCUGGUGCAGCAGGAGGACAAGGAGCAGCCCGACGUGUCGGUCAACUCUGAAAAUGGGGAUGUUUAUAUCCUCCGCCCGCUGGACUACGAGGAGGUGCGCGCCUUCGAGGUGGCGGACAGAGCUGCCCUCUCUGAAGACAAGGGUCCCAGACCUGCGGCAGCACCUUGCACUGCAAACAGGGGGGUGGAGCUAAGUGUCAAUGCUGAUCAAAACCCUUGGCUCACCGAUCAAGUCAAAUGCCUCAUGACAGAAAACAAUAAAACCUACCUGGAACUCCCUCAGGUGAAUGUGCUGUCUCUAAGGUCACUUGUCGCAGUCAUCGCCGAGGAAAUAGCCACCCCAAAAGCAGGAUUUCGGGAAUAA